AUGCUGAACCCAGAUGACCUCAACGAUGAACAGCAGCCAUCGCGAAGCAGCCAUGAAAGCCACCGGCAAGGCAGCGUCCCUGAGCCUAACACCGCUUGGAUACACGAAAUGUUCAAGCAGCAACAGUGCAUCCUACACCAACAGCAGGAAGCAUUUUUGAAGCAGCAAGAAAGUUUUCUAACGCGUAUGAUGUCGUCCAUGAAUAUGCGUGAAUCGACCGGACCGGAAUUCCUGAUUGACUCGUUGGCGAAUCAUGUGACGGAAUUUCGUUAUGAUCCGGAGGAGAACGUUACGUUUGCUGCAUGGUGUCGGUGUUCCUUAGGACUGUUAGCUCUUAGCAUAUGUGGAUUUAUUUUAUCAAUGUAUACGUCAUACGUUGAGGUGCUUGCCGAAAAUGAUCAUUCCUACAAAGCUUUAUGCGACAUUAGCGAAAGAAUAAGUUGUACGAAAGUUUUUACUUCAUGCUAUGGCCGUGGUUUUGGAGUGAUGGGCAAAAUCUUCGGGGAUGAAUUCGUACUGAACAUACCAAAUGGAUUUUUUGGAAUAUUUCACUAUUUGAUAGUUGCAGCACUAAGCAUAUCUGAUGAUUUGAGGAUUUCUAGACUUAAUCGAUACUUAAUUUUGAUUGCCAAUACACUUUCAUUGUAUUUAGCAUUCAUACUUUACUUUGUUAUACAGGAUUUAUGCAUUGUGUGUGUAACGACUUACGCAAUCAAUCUGUUUUGUCUAUUUUUAGUACAAAAGAAAAUACAGGUGUUGAACAACAUUGUUCUCGAUAUUGAAGAAAAACAUUAG